AUGGCCUUGAAUCCUGCAGCUUCGCUGACUUCCGGAAGUAUCGCGCAAGCCGAGAAGCGAAAUGGGCGAUGGAAGGCGUAUUUGUUGAAGACUUUCACUAUACCAGCCGAAACAAAGACUUUCUAUCAGAAGCCGCGCCAUCCUGAGAUCGUCGAGCAAUGUGCGGAGUUCUUUUGUAUGCACAAGGAUAAGAACACUGUUACGAAAGACCAGUGGAAGGGCGUGAAUGGCGAUGAGCCACCGGCAUACACACCCAGUGUAGACUUGUUAUCCGGUUCCGUGGAAUCCGGUUCCAUGACGUCCGGUUCCAUGACAUCCAGUUCCGUGCGUAAUUCGCGGCCAAGCUCGUCCGGACAUACUGGGGAGAAGUCUAGGCCACGAGCCUCGCUAGAGACGAGGAUACGUGACACUGCCGAGCGUAUAUCUUCAAUCAUCCCAGGCCGUCAUCGUAGUGCUUCGAUUCCAGCACGGGAGCCAGAGAUGCCCCCUCAAGUAUGGCAGAAGGGUCGUCCAUCGGUCUUGAUCUCUCAACACGGUAGCUCUUCGCGUGAUAGCACGCCCAUGGGCUCAGCUCCCCCAUCUACGCGCGCAGCGUCUCCAGCCGUGCCGCACACGCGCCAUCAUCGGGUCGAUUCCGUUCACGAUACGUCCUCGAUCUAUGCAGAUGCCCAGGCCACGAUGGGUAUGUUUCCCGGAAUCCAAACAGAUGAAAGUGUAGCAAGGGCUAGAGAUAUGCUGGGUGUGACUGGUCUGUACACGAACAAGACGUACCUUCCCACAUCCACUAACCUAUCUGAAGUGAGCGGGCAGUCCAGUGUUGGGACCAUUAAAAGCGAAAGGUCGCCACCGUUUGCCUAUGACGAAUGGUACCAGGGCAACCCACCGAAGUGGGUGGUUGAGAAGGACAGCGAAGAGCUACUACCGUCGACUUUCUACGUGAACGGUAAUAGGGCGAAUUCUUUCGGUCUCGAUGCAUCAGCGACUCAUAGACCAGUGGCAGAACUUCCGGCGCGUAGAUCGCCAAUUGAACUUCCCGCUCGCAGGUCGCCUGUCGAACUUUCAGGUAAGCCAGCACACCAACGGCAUACUGCAACGCUAAAGAAGCUUGAAGGUCGAACUUGGGAUACAAGGUCGGAGUUGGAGGCCAAGGCCAAACGCUUCAGCGUUCGGUGCACAGAGGCACCCCCUAGUACGUCCACUCCUGCACACGACACCGAACGAUUAAGCUCACGUUUCCACAAGGCUUCCGACACCAUCCCGUCUUCACUUCCUGAUCAGGUGGAUUUCCUUGAGCGUUAUGCUGUGCCGAAUUCUUGGAAAGAUCCUACACCUACUGGGAAUUGCCAGUUGUGCUUCAAGUCUUACCAUGACGCGGACAAGAAUCCUGUCAUAGCACCUCCCUGCGGUUGCUCCAUGCAUGAUCGAUGUCUCAUGGACAAUCUGCGUACGCUUGAUGAGAAGGUCGGCAGGUGCCCAGUAUGCCAGGUGUACUUGUGCAACCGUAGUCUAGCCGAGCGCAUCGGCAAUGACAUCGAACAGAUCUUUGAGUUGCAAGUCAAUCCAUUACGAGAGGAGGUCACCCUCGAAUUCCCACAGCGGAGUAAGGGCAUCAUAUGUAGUACGGAGGAGGGCGUUGCUGUCACGCAGCUUCGUCUACUCAAGGACUACGUCGAUGUCCAUGCCGAAGAACUCUUCCGUCUAUGGGAAGGUAACCGUGCAGAGCCCGACUGGUUUGGAGGCGUGGUGCGUCCCGCUGUCCAACUCUUCCAAGGGUGGAACCCCGCUAUGCGAAGCCGCUUCUUUUCAAAUGAGGACGCUUUCCUCAAACUCCUCGCAUGGGCAGAAUUGGUGCGCUUGAUGAACAUCAGCUGUGCGAAGAAGAAACAGUCCAAGCGUACCAAUGCACAAUUUCCGCGAUUGGGAGAGUUACAUCGUAAGUUUUUAAAGGCCGUUGAGCGAUACAACAAAGAGAAAACGUCCUGGGAUACGAGUCGCUCUGGUGUUUAUGAACACGACAGGAUCGCGACGGAUAUUGUCGAGGUCACAAUGAACACUCAGGUGCCGUAG